UAAAAUGAAUCCACAAUCACAAAACCAUAAUACAGAGAAGAGAAGAUCAAUACUCAACCCAACUUAUUAUCAAACAUUUCUCGAUCAAUCAUGUCUUCCACUAUCAUCACCGACGAAAUCAGAUCCAAAGCAGAUGAAUUCUACCAAGGCCACGAAAAAUGUUCAGAGAAAUCAAAGUUCUUACUCAAUGAAGUUGGCUUACCCACUGGUCUUCUUCCUCUUAAAGACAUGAUUGAAUGUGGUUACAUUAAAGAAACGGGUUUCGUUUGGAUGAAACAGAAGAAGAAAAUCGAACAUAAGUUUGAAAAGAUUGGAAAACUUGUUAGUUAUUCUGAAUUAAUCACUGCCCAGAUCGAACAAAACAAGAUCAAGAAACUUACUGGUGUUAAAGCUAAGGAACUUCUUCUCUGGAUUACGAUUAAUGAAAUUUGCCUUGAAGUUCCGUCCACCGGAAAACUCAAGUUUCAGACUCCGGCUGGACUUUUCCGGCUGUUUCCAGUUUCUGCUUUUGAGGAGAUUGUGGGAGAGAAGAAGGAUGCGGUGAUUACUCAGGAAGAGGAGAAAGAGAAGGAGGAGGAGGCUGAGAAGAAAGUUGUCGCCGGCGCCGGCGCCGGAGCUGCUACGGUUGUUUCUGUGGAAGUGAAGGAAGCUUGAUUGAUUAAGAGGAUUAAUUAAUAAUAAUAAUUGUUUGGUUGUUCUAAUUAAUUAUGUUACUUUUUUCUGGGUAAAAGAGGAGCAUCAUUACAUGUUUUGGUUAAGGACUUAUAUCCUUAAGAUGUAACGGAUUUAUUAUAAGUGACUCCUUAUAAAUAAAAUAUUGAAACAAAUCAAUUAAAAUGGCUAA